AUGAAGACCAUCAUUUUCAUGUUGAGUUGCACGGUGCUCGCAUCCACGGUGUCGGCCAGCGGGUACGGAGCAACGGGCCAUGGAGAUGAGGACCAUGGGAGUUCCACAUACGAGGAAAAGACCAAGACCGUACACAUACCAAUUUACAAGAAGUAUGCGAUUCCGAUACCGCAUCCCGUGCCAGUGGAGGUGCCUCAAGAGAUCAAGAUCCCAAUUCCUCAGCCAUACCACGUGCAGGUGAAAAUUCCGCAUCCGUAUCCAGUUGAAGUUGUCAAGCACGUCGAAGUGCCAGUCGAGAAGCCCGAGCCUUACGUCGUCGAGAAACACGUCCCCUUCAUCGUGGAGAAGCCUUACCCCGUCUACGUGGAGAAGAAGUUUCCGGUUCCCGUGGCAAAGCCGUACCCCGUACACGUCCCCGUCUACAAACAUGUCCUCAUCACAUCAGGUGGCAAAGGCAAAGGUUGGCAUUAA